UAAGAUUUUAGCUUUAAAACGCAAAGUCUAAAUUGUCUAAAUUAAAGUUUCGUACGUCUCUCUCUAGCUGUGAAGAAAGAGAGCGAGGGAUCGAGAGAGAUCGAGAGACAGACAUGGCUUUCAGGUGGCUUCUCCAUUCUGCAUGUCAUAUUUUGGGAUCCCCAAAGGACACUAAGAUGCACGCAAAUGAAGAAGGCGUGCAAGGAGAUCAUGUCAAGAUCUUAAAGGUCCCUAGUAAUGGAGGAAUUAUAUUGCCUGAGAUGCAGCAGGCUUGCGAGGAGAAACAGCCUUCAGGGUUCCAAAUGCCUCUCCACUACCCUCGCUACAAUAAGACAGACUACGAGAAGAUGGAGGAGUGGAAGGUGGAGCUUCUUCUCAAGCAAUACGGGCUGAGCUUUGAGGGCACUCUUGAUGAAAAGAGGGCAUAUGCAAUGGGGGCAUUCCUGUGGCCUAAUCAAUAUUGAUUACCCAUGUUCGAUCAUGGCGAAUAUUGAAGUGCGCGCUACGUACUCCCGAUCGAUCUCACCGGCCUCAUGCCCAAUCUAGCUCCAUGUAAUAAUAUUGGUUUAUAAUAUAUAUGAAAAAUACUCGUAUGCAUGCAUGCUAGAAUAAACGACAACCUUAAGCAUAUGUAUUCACUAUAUAUAUAGUUGUAUCGAUCUUUUCUUUCUCAUAAUGUUUUAAAUGUCUUCAUCAGAUGGAAACAUCAUUA